CAAGUAGAAGGGUAUAGAAUUGCCCAAAAUGCCCUUUAUAGAUAGAAACUGCAAAUAAUCCAACCCACCACUCUCCGCUCGAUUCUGUACAGCAAUGCUGCACCUCCCCCUCUACCACCGCCAUGCUCCUCUCCCUCAUCACCACCGUCGAUCGUCUUCCAUCACCACCUCCACCACCAAAUCAUGUCCAUUAUUCAGGAGAACACUUUCCACAGCCGUGGAAGUCCAUGUGGCUGGUCCGCACCAGAUUGCCACAGUGAGGUGUAUGGCGAACCAGAGAAGAGUGAAAAUGGUGGCCAAACAGAUAAGGAGAGAGCUCUCCGAUAUGCUUCUCACCGAUAAGGUUUUGCAGUUCGCUGUUCUUCCGGAGGCGGCUCUCGGCGCCGAUCGCUAUCUCUCCUCUCUCACCACUAUCAGCGAUGUCGAAGUCUCCGCUGAUUUGCAGGUGGUUAAAGUUUAUGUAUCUGUUUUUGGGGAUGAGAAAGGAAAGGAGGUCGCCAUUGCUGGUUUGAAGUCAAAGGCUAAAUACGUUCGAAGUGAGUUGGGGAGGCGUAUGAAGCUGCGGCUAACUCCAGAGAUACGCUUCGUAGAGGAUGAGUCUCUAGAGCGAGGAAGCAGGGUGAUUGCAAUAUUGGAUAGGAUAAAGAAUGAGAAAAAGAUGGCAGGAAGCCAGGAUCAACCAUCCGAAUCAUCUGAUCUACCUCAAGAUGAUGACUGGGAGGGUGAUGGUGAUGACCCUGAUGAAAACAUUAUUUAUAUAAAAUAGUUGCCUUCCCAGUUGCUUAGUGAUCAUGCACCUCUGGUUUUUAGCAUGAGUUUAUUUCUUCACAGGUUAGUUCUAUCCUCAAAGCUUGGUCUUAUCCUCCAUGAAUUUAGUUGCAAGCCUGAAUGAGCGAGGUGUAAUCAUUUACCUUGUGGUAGUGAGUUCAUAUCCUAGCUUGCUAUUUUCAAUGGACAUUAGUAUUCACCAUGUCUUUGUGUCAAUUAUUGCUUGGCUUAGAGAUACUAGUUUCCUAAUACAACCCAAAUGUCCCACAUAAACAGGAAACCUGAACCAAAUUCCGAGGCAUUUAUUAUAUCUACGAAUGAAUUCUUAAUCCCAAAUCUUUACUAGAAUACCAUUUUUUUUAAAAAAAAUUAGUAUAACUCAUUGAUAAGCUUUAGAACUCAAGGAGGCAAGAGUGCUCUGAUUCUUAUGAAGAUGAUACCAUCAAAUAUCAAAGGAUGGUAUUAUAGUGCAGAUGAAGCCUAGGUUUUCCACAGGGAUCCCAUCUGAAUGGCUGAAUGGCUUUCCAUGAUGCAAGGAGUGUUAUUUUAUGGCCAUGACUGGUCUCUAAGCAGCAGCAUCAUACAUCUUCAAUAAGUUACUCAUCUUACUUUGAUAACUUUUGGUGAUAGUAUCACAAUUGCAGUUUAUGCAUUGUUAACUUUGAGUUAACAUUACAAGUCCAUGACUGUGUUCUAUUUUAUGCAGGGGGGGAGAUGUAGGUCUUGAUGGUAACAAGGACUGAAGCAAGUCUCCCAAGCUGUGUGGGUCAUUUGAAUUAUAGAUCUCAACAUUCAACCUGUCUAAAAUUACCCAGAAUUUUGUUCAACUUCCAUUGCAACAACUCUUCAUGUUGUAUUCAAUGUUUAAUUUUACUUCUCAAACACUAAAUGCAGGCCUUAGGUGAGAGAGUAGCGUGCAAGCUCUUUAACUUUGGCAGUGGACAAUUCCCAUUUAGUGAAUCAAGUUCUUAUGUAAAUAACCGUGCAUCUGCCAUCAAAAGCUUUUUGGUCUUA